AUGCUGUCCCUUAAUGUCGCUACAUAUUCAAGUCCUUCUGGCUACCAACUUACCGAGCUCGCCAAGCCCGAGCUCAUUGACCCCAAAGAUGUGAUCAUCAAAGUCCAUGCAGCGAGCAUCAAUCCAAUUGAUGUCAAAAAGGCUGACGGAAUUUUGAAACUGGCAAUCAAAGACUCCUUCCCGUACAAAAUCGGCUAUGACUGUGCCGGUAUAGUCACUGAGAUUGGAUCAGACGUGACCCGCUUCAAAGUUGGAGAUGAGGUCUAUACCCGGCUACCAGAGGUAUCUCGGGGCUCGUGCAGUGAAUUUGUCAAAUGUGCAGAAUACUACAUUGGCCUGAAGCCUCCGUCAUUGUCAUUCGAAGAUGCUGCCUCGAUUCCAUUGGCGGCAAUGACUGCGCUUCAGGCACUUAAGAAGUAUAAGGGCGAUCUUGCCGGGAAGACAGUAUUCGUACCUGCUGGCUUGAGCGGAACCGGACUAUUUGCUUGCCAACUCGCCAAACAUGUUUUCCAUGCAGGCAAGGUCAUCACCACGGUAUCGACCUCUAAGAUCCCGAAAGUGAAAGAACUUUUGGGUGAAGGAACUGUCGAUGAAAUUAUCGACUACACAAAAUCCGACCCGCGAGAAAAGAUCGAGUCUGGCUCUGUGGACUUCCUUUUCGAUACAGUCGGUUCUUCCAUGGAAUUUCUAAGCCUAAUGAAACCGCAGUCUGGAUGCAUCAUGUCGGUCGCAACCAUGCCAUCAGGGACUCAGCUGCAGGAAUCAUCCCUCAUGGACUUGCCGCAUAAGCCAACAAUCCCCAUUGCGUUCCGAACGGCGCUCAAUAUGAUGGAUCGUGUUCGCAAACUACGAGCGCGGCGAUAUGGCGUGGAAUAUUCGUAUAUGUUCCUGCAAUCAAGUGGCCAAGAUUUGGACGAAUUGAGAACGUAUGUCGAGGAUGGGAGGCUGAGGACUGUUGUUGGAACCAUUGUUGAGCUUUCGGAUAUCGAAGCAGUGCAGAAUGCAUGCCAGGUGGUUUAUAGCGGGAAGGGCGGCCUUGGGAAGAUGGUUAUCAAAGUUGCGAAUGUUUAA